AUCAUCAAAACAAGAUCAUUUGAUAUAUUAUGUUUACAAAAAACUGUGCUUAUCGUAAUUCAUGAAUCUUACUUAAUACUUUGCCAAAUAAUAUUUCGACUCGCGAAGGAUAUUAUGCACCGUUGUUGAGAGAACAAGAUAACAAAUGUUCGCUGGUGAUCACAGCAGGUGGUUGGUUUUUUCUUGAUUGAAGUACUCAAAAAUGGCCAGAGCCUACGAAAAAUCCUCCAAGACCUUUGAGGAAGCGGUUUCACUGGCUGGCUUUGGAAAAUUCAACCUGUACGUCCUGGUUGCUUCUGGAGGAUGCCUAAUGUGCGUGAUAGUGGAGACAAUGUGUGCAAUGUUCAUAACACCAGCUGCACAGUGCGAUCUACGUCUCAGUUUGAGCGACAAAGGACUGUUGUACGCGAUUAGCUUUCUAGGGGUAGUUUCGGGCUCGCAUCUCUGGGGGUAUUUGGGAGAUACUAAGGGGAGGAAAACAGUAACGCUGUGGUCGUUGAUAUGUAGUGCAGUUAUCAGUUUUAUAGGAAGCUUGGUCUCUCUACCAUGGUUGUUCAUCAUGCUGAGGUUUUUAAAUGGAUUUUUUGUUGGUGGGCCAUCAGCUAUAAUCUACGCCUACGCCGGGGAAUUCAACGACAACAGAUUCCGCCCGAAAGUAGUUUCCUGGAUAGCCACCUUCGUAGCUUUUGGUAACAUGUACCUACCAGGAAUGGCUUGGCUAAUUCUGCCUCUGGAGUGGUCAUACGAAAUACCUUUGAUAAACAUCAUGUUCAGGCCUUGGCGACUUCUCGUCGUCAUAUAUGCCUUGCCAAGCAUUCUCUUCGCCAUUCUUCUCUGUUCACUUCCCGAGAGUCCCAAAUAUUUGAUUUCGAAAGGUCAGCAUGACGAAGCUCUGGCUAUACUGAGAAAAAUGUAUUCCGUGAAUACUGGAAAGAGCCAGGAUGAGUUUCCGGUAUCUAUGAUAACGUGGGAAGAGGAUUCUGAUUUGCAUUUCGAGAAAGAAAGGGGUAUACUGAGGUCCAUGUGGGAACAGACUGUGCCUUUGUUCAAGAAAGGAUACUUACUGAAGACACUGAUGGUCAGCUAUUUGCACUUUGCCAUAUUUUUCACGAGUUCUGCAAUCAUUAUGUGGUAUCCUCAGAUUUUGAACAGCAUGGCCGAUUAUGGAAAAACAGCCCCACUAGAGGAGGUUACAAUGUGUGAAGCUGUUCGUUACGAUAUCGGAAUGGACAAUGAAACCACUGCCGCGAAAACAUAUACUUUGUCAAGAGCGUUAGCAUCAAAAGUUUGUCGAGAUGAUGUCAACGAAGAAGUAUUUCUUGUGUCCCUGCUGAUUGGAGCGAGUUAUGCUGUCAGUUAUGUCCUCAUCGGCACAUUCAUCAAUAUAAUAGGUGCCAGACGGCUCCUCAUGGGAUUUCUUUUGGUAACCACAACAUCCGGAGUUUUCGCUCAAUUAUUAAGUGGAUACACUUACAUCCAAGUUACCCUUGGUAUUUUUCUCUUGGUUGCUACUGGUAUAGGGGUGGUCAAUGCCGUCAUCGUUGAUCUCUAUCCGACUCAAAUUCGAGGAAUGGCUUUAGCUGUAUCUCUAAUGUUUGGAAGGCUUGGUGCAAUGGCAGGUUCUAAUACUGCUGGUUACAUAAUGGAUAGCGUUUGUGAUUAUCUCUUUUACAUUUAUGCUGUGAUACAUGCAUUGGCCAUCAUUAUUGUUCUGCUGCUGCCGUCCCAAGAAAGGAAACAAGUGGAAGUAGAAAGUUCCUAACCGUAAGAAUAACGUAGUAUUAUUUUUUAUAAAUAAAUGUUAAAAACAA